UCUCGGCUUCCAAACCCCAGCAGCCAGAAGCGGGUGGCGGGCAUGGCGUGCGCAGCGGGGCCAGACCCCCCCUCGGCCAGCGCGGAGGAUGAGCGGCCCCAGUGGGACAACAAGCUGCAAUACCUCCUCAGCUGCGUGGGCUUCGCCGUGGGCCUGGGCAACCUCUGGAGGUUCCCGUACCUGUGCCAGACCCACGGGGGAGGGGCCUUCCUCAUCCCCUACGUCAUCGCGCUGGUCUUCGAGGGCAUCCCGCUCUUCCACGUUGAGCUCGCCAUCGGCCAGCGCCUGCGCCGCGGCAGCUUCGGGGUGUGGAGGGCCAUCUCGCCCUACCUGGGCGGAGUGGGGCUGGGCUGCUUCACCGUGUCCCUCCUGGUCAGUCUCUACUACAACACCAUCCUGGCCUGGGUGCUGUGGUACCUUCUCAACUCCUUCCAACACCCACUGCCCUGGAGCACCUGCCCACUGGACCUGAACCGCACAGGGCUCGUGCAGGAGUGCCAGGACACCAGCCCCGUGACCUACUUCUGGUACCGGCGGACGCUGAAUAUCACCCCCGACGUCAACGACAGUGGCGCCGUCCAGGGGCGGCUGCUGCUCUGCGUGGCGGCCUCCUGGGCGGUGGUGUACCUGUGUGUCAUCAGAGGCAUCGAGACCGCCGGGAAGGCGAUUUACUUCACCGCCUUGUUCCCUUACGUGGUCCUCAGCGUCUUCCUCGUCAGAGGACUCACCCUGCCGGGAGCCACCGAGGGGCUGCUCCAUCUGUUCACGCCUGACAUGCAGGUCCUCCGGAAUCCCCGGGUGUGGCUGGACGCGGCCACCCAGAUUUUCUUCUCUCUGUCCCUGGCCUUCGGAGGACACAUCGCUUUUGCAAGUUACAACCCACCCAGGAACAACUGCGAGAGGGACGCGGUGACCAUCGCCCUGGUCAACAGCAUGACCUCCCUCUACGCGUCCAUCGCCGUCUUCUCCGUCCUGGGCUUCAAAGCGGCCAACGACCACGGGCGCUGCCUGGACGGAAACAUCCUCCUCCUCCUCAACGCCUUCGAUCUCCCGGACCAGAGCGUCUCCAGGGACGACUACGCAGCUGUCCUCUCGCACCUGAAUGCCACCCAGCCAGAGCGGGUGGCCAGGCUCCCCCUGCAGGCCUGCCACCUGGAGGACUUCCUGGAUAAGAGCGCCUCGGGCACCGGCCUGGCCUUCAUCGUCUUCGCGGAGGCCGUGCUGCACAUGCCAGGGGCCCCGGUCUGGGCCGUGCUCUUCUUCGGGAUGCUGUUCAGCCUCGGCCUGUCGUCCAUGUUUGGGAACAUGGAGAGCAUCCUCACGCCGCUCUUCGACCAGUGGGUCAGGCCCCGACGGGUCCCCAAGGAGGUCCUGACCGGGCUGGUCUGCCUGGCCUGCUUCCUCCUGGCCAGCGGCUUCACGCUGCAGUCGGGAAACUACUGGCUCGAGAUUUUUGACCAACACGCGGCUUCCCUGAACCUGAUCUUCUUUGCGUUCUUCGAGGUCGUGGGUGUCAUUUAUGUUUAUGGGAUGAAACGGUUCUGUGAUGACGUAGCGUGGAUGACCGGGAGGCGGCCUGGCCUCUACUGGCAGGUGACCUGGAAGGUGGUCAGCCCCCUGCUGCUGCUGACUAUCUUGGUGGCAUACCUCGCCCUCCUGGCCAGCAGGCCCCCAAGCUACAGGGCCUGGAACCCCCAGCACGAGGCGUUCCCCUCACGGGAGGAGAAGCCCUACCCGGGCUGGGUGCAGGCGGCCUGCGUGCUCCUAUCCUUCCUGCCUUCGCUGUGGGUCCCGGGGGUGGCGCUGGCCCAGCUGCUCGCCCAGCGCAGACAGAAGCAGCCGAGUGCACCGCAGGACAGGCGUCCAGAGCUGCGGGGGGGCGGCGUCUGCUGAGGGGGGUGUGGUGUCUGCUGGGGCGGGGGCACAAGAUGUGUGGCUGCAGAGGUCACCGCAAUACACUCUCACCCGACCCCGAGA